AUGGAGAGUUCCUUUUAUCUAAAUGGUAAACCUCUUGUCUAGCCUCCAUUAACCAUCGACCAACAAUUAAACGAACGUCUCUCAAGAACAGGAUACAAGAUCGAAGAUAUAAACAGACUCAACGAACGUCCUACAUUAUAAAUUGUAGUUAUAUAACUAAUCCUUAAAGAUUGAGUUAGAUGGACUAACAUCUGGAUACUUGAAUAAUAAUCAAAUAUUUUAGAUGCUAAAAUAGUAAAUAAUGACUUGGAAUGAAAGAGUGACACUACAUCGAGCAUAAUAAAUAGAAUUAAAAGACCCUUUUGUGUAUGAUAACCUUUAUAGACAAUUAAAGAAUUCCUUACUUGAAGUUGUUAGCACCAGAAAUAAGUAGCAGUAACUAGAAUUUUUAAAUAAAGUCUCCAAUUGGUUCUUUCGUUAAUUACCAAAAUCAUAAAAAUAAUAAUUAACAUAAUCUUUAAUAGAAAAGAAGGACUAUGUAACACAUAUUUUCUAAUUUUAUAGACUUUCUAAGACAUUCCCAUCUCUUAUAAUGAAAGCAUGUAUGCUUCUGGAAUAGAAGAUUACAAAUCGAAAUAUAGGUCAAUGCAUCCAGAUAUAGAUCCACCUGAAGACAGAGUGAAAAGCUAUCACAGGAAAAAUCUCUUGUCUGACACAAGUACAAGACCUGGCACUACUCCAGGAAUAAUGGGCUUUUCACAACAUACAAGACCUUAUACUUCAUAAUCUACUUAUAAAAUGGUAGAUUAAGUUGAUAAAUUAUCAAGACCAAGAACAAACUAAUAAUAUUCAGUCAUUAAAUAAUAGUCUUCUUGGAUGUAUGAUGCCAAUUUACCAGUUUUCGAAACUUUUGAAGAAUAACAAAAAAGUACUAAACGAUUAAUCCAAAGGGAGGAAUCUCCUCUCAAAGCAGAUAAACCUACUGAUAGGGACAAAAUAGAAGGCAUUGAAUAAGAAUUAGAAGAAGAUGAAGAACAAUCUCCUGAUAAAGUCUAUGGUUCAUAAAAAGAUAUCUAGUCAUAAAAGGAUCUUUCUCCAACUAAAAAAAGAAAGAAGAAGGAAAGAGGGGACAAGUACAUUAGUAUUGCACCUGAAAAUAAGACUUUUAAGGCUGACAAAGACACUGAGUUAGCCUAUUAGAUUGGAUAAUCUGCGAGGCUUGGAGAGCUAUAAGGAACAUUCCACAAUUACGAUCCAACUAAUUUAGAAGAUAAAAUGGCUGCAGCUCGACUCAAUCAAUACUAUUAGGAAUAAAGAAUUAAAGAAAUAAAGGAGCAGAGGGAGGAUAUUGAAAUGGUUUAAUCUAUGAAAGACUGGGCAACAAACAAAAGCAGAAUUGAUGAAAUAAUACUUUAAUCUGAAAAUGUAUAAACAUGUGUGAUAAUCAUAGCUAUAAUCUAUGGGAUCUCAGUUCUCGAAUGUAGGUGUCAAGGUUUCGGAUAUCUAUGAGUCUAAAAAGAUGGAUCUUGCUGAAGAGAAAGCCUAUGCAAAUUAUCUUAAUAAAACCUCUUUUCCUAAAGGCAGAAUGGUGCAAAGUGCCAUUCCAGUUACUAAAAUUAUCGAAAAUACUGUUCUACCUACUUAAGUGGAUGAUGAGGCUGAGGAUUUCUAAUCUAAAAAUGCUUACUUGGAACAAAGAAUAAAUUCGUAAAGACUUGAAUUCUUGAAAAAAGCAAGAGGCAGCUGGUUGCCUGGAGGUGUAUCCAAUCACCCUAGGGCUGAUAACAUAUAAAACAAUCGUUCUUUAUCUUCCAGCUGUUUCAGAAGUGCUAGACCUUCGAAAUAAUUUAGUACUGUAUUCAAAAGUAAUAGUAUCAAAUCAGAUAUUGAUAAAUAAGUAUUGUAAAGUAAUAUCAACUUAGAUUAGCGAAAUUAAUGUAUUGAAGAAUAGAUUGGCCUCAGAAAAAAGGUUUGUGCCCAUCACAAUCCUACAAAAAUCAAUUGUGAUACCUCAAGGACACUUGAAUCCUCAAAAAGUGCCACUUCCUAAACCUGGGAUUUUGUUAGCCAAUAUACCUGAUACUGGGAAGAAAAUAAGAGGCAAAAAAAAGAAAUCUAAGAAAUGA